CUGAAAGUUUUGCUUCCGGUUCAGAAUCCCAGUGGACCAAAUCGAUGUAAAGCGGAUUGAUGAGGUGAUUGGAGGCUGCUUAUAUUAUGUGCGGGUCCCUGUUGCUGGGGGUGCUGAGUAGUGAUGGGACCACAUAUUGGGAUCCUGACCUGCAUAUGGCACCUCAGCCUACUCAUACUCUCCAUAGUCCAAAGAGCAGCAUCAGGGGACUGUAAAGGACAACGCACUGUGCUCCGUAGCGCCCCAGGAUAUGUGAGUGAUGGUCCUGGAAACUAUUCUGUCAAUGGCAACUGUGAAUGGCUCAUAGAAGCUCCCAGCAGCAAUUACCGUAUUUUGCUGAGCUUUUUAUUCAUGGACACAGAAUGCACAUAUGAUUAUCUGUUUGUGUAUGAUGGAGACUCCUAUAGUGAUCGACUGUUAGCCAGCCUCAGUGGGAGCAGCCUUCCUCCUACCCUAGAGGCCACAUCUGGGAAGAUGCUUCUUCAUCUCUUCAGUGAUGCAAACUAUAAUUUACUGGGCUUUAAUGCUACGUACAGCUUCUCGCUGUGUCCACUUGGCUGCUCUGGACAUGGCUUAUGUCAAGAGAACACACAGUGUCUAUGUGACCUGGGCUGGGACGGUGAUGGCUGCCAGAUCCCCCACUGUAACUCCUACUGUAGCUCCCUGCAUGGAACCUGCAAUCAGGAAACACAUAGAUGUGUAUGCUCUCCAGAAUAUGUGGGGGAGAGGUGUGACCUUUCACUAACUGAUAAUCAGGGUGCAGGCACUUGGUACAAUGUAAGCAGCAUCGAUUCUUCUUUUUAUCCGCGGACUGCUGCAGCUGGAGCCUUCCUGCCCCCCACCAGCGCUUUGUAUAUUUUUGGAGGUCUGGACCUGAACACAGCUCUAGGAGAUUUGGUUAUGUAUAAUUUUACAUCUAAUACUUGGAAAAGAAAAAUAUACAGUCAUGGACCGGCUGCUCGACAUUCCCACACUGCUGUUGAGUGGAAUGGAACUCUAAUUUUAUUUGGUGGUGAGUUAUCUGACGGAGCUCUGGCUGGUGAUGUCUGGGUGUUUUUACCUUUGGAAGAGCGGUGGAUGGAAUUGACCACCUACAGUUUCCUGCUUCCUCCACCCUUGGCCAAUCAUGCAGCUGCAACUGUAGAUAACUGGCUGUAUGUGUUUGGAGGCCGCACUUCUCGGGAUGUGUUUUCCUCACAAAUGUUCCGUCUAAACCUUCUUUCAUGGGAGUGGGAGCAAGUCCUCCCCGGUGGGGGAAAGCCACCAGCUGCAGCUGGCCACUCUAUGGUGUUCCAUUCUUCAUCCCGUUCACUAAUCAUUUAUGGGGGGCACCGUCCUUCUACUGCACGGUUCAGCAUGCGUGUCAAUACAACGGAUCUGUUUCACGUUGAUCUAAACUACUGGGCAACAUUAAAACCUCGAGAUGGAACCCGUGGACCACGUGAACGAGCCUUUCAUAGCGCCACAGUAAUUGGCAACUACAUGGUGAUAUAUGGAGGGAAUCUACACAUUCACUACCAGGAGGAGAAGUGUUAUGAUGAGGAAAUUUUUUUCUACCAUCUUGGUUGUCACCAGUGGGUCCCUAGCAAGAUACUAAGCCAGAGUUUGCCUCCCCACCAGGGAAGGCAGGCUGUGGGUGGAGGCCGAUACUCUCACGUAGCAGCAUUAAUGAGAGGCAGUGUGCUGCUGGUGGCUGGAGGGUACAGUGGAACGCCAAGGGGGGAUCUGCUUGCUUUCAAGGUGCCCAUCUCUGUUUACCAGACACCUGUGCAAGAUUAUCAGUUGGAUUACUGCUCUAUGUAUUCAGAUCAGACAACUUGUUCCAAAGAUCCUGAGUGCACAUGGUGUCAGACAAGCUGCCAGACUUCACAACGCAAUAAGAAUUGCCCUGAUAAAAGCUGUCUUGGGCUGGCACGACUCCUGUCUGACUGCCAGUCCUGCUUGGCAUUUAGCUCAAACUUGACCACCUCCUCUAAUAUACCUCGCUCCUUUGGUUGGUGUGUUCAGAAUGAGACCUGCAUGCCCCUUUCAGAGAACUCUACUUGCCGGGUAGGACUUAUUUCAGGGACAUAUGGCUGGUGGGGGCCUUUCACUACAUUUGUUACUUCUUUGGAUGGUUGCAGAACUCAAAAUUUUCUACCCGGCCUACACCUUAUCACGUACCAACAACCUCGGAAUGACUCUCAGCCUGAUCGGGUAUCCAUAGUGCGCAGUACAACCAUAACUCUGAGCCCAAGUACAGAAAUGGAUGUCUCUCUAGUGUAUAAAGGAUUCAUAUACCCCAUGCUAACUCCUGGUACUUCCCCUGAGAGGGUUUCUAUGUGGGCUCGUAUCCAGCGGUUUUCUGUAAUUGCUCGCCUUGCACGGUCCCCUAAUUACCCUGCCAUCCUGGAGGAGGUGGGUCGCUGGUCUGCACACCAGGAGAAGGAAAGACGUCCUUUGCAGAGGAAUAGUGGUGAGCACCUGUUUCCUAAUGCGGAUAGAGGAAGCCGCUAUGCAGUUCAAAUUGAGGGCUAUUUAAACAACACUGGCAAUGGGCACACAAGUGAGCUGAGCCUGACGUGGGACCGCACAGGUGUCCAUGGGGGUAGUGAGAUAUCAUUCCUCUUUCUAGAGCCCCACCGGUCUGACAUGUGUCCAGGUUAUCCAUCAUGUUUGGCCUGUCUGGCUGAUCAGGGCUGUGGUUGGUGCCCUCAGAGUCGCACAUGUCACCAGCGCCUUGCUGUGGAGGGGGCAGAGGUCUGUCCAGACACACCCCUAAUACUGUCCCCUAACAACUGUCAGCUGUGUGAGGAAUACCGAGAUUGUGAAGCCUGCAGUAAGGAUCUAUACUGUGAAUGGCAAAUACACAGCAGUAAGAAGGGGGAUUCACUGUGCAGCCGUAGGGGACGAGUUAACAGCUCCAUUCGAACACCUGAGGAAUGCCCACGGGCCUGUAACCAGAGACACAGCUGCUCGGAAUGUCUGUCUAACUCCAGUCACUGUGCUUGGUGCCAGUCCACAGGAAGCUGUUUCUAUUUUGCAGCCUAUCUAGCAAAGUACCCAUAUGGAGACUGCCGGGACUGGUAUGAUAGUGUACACUCCGUCCCACAGUGCAUGGAUUGCUCCAGGUUUAACACAUGCCGUGAGUGCCUCCAGAACUUUGAAUGUGGCUGGUGUGGAAACACUGAUAAUCCUACACUGGGAAGGUGUUUCUCUGGAGAUUUUUCUGGCCUACGUGGAUAUUCUAGCUGUUCUGAGGCUCUCUCACAGGCAAGACUCGCUGCUGUAACAGAACCAGCUCAGUGGUCCUACGCCUCGUGUCCAGAUGUAGAUGAGUGCCGGCUUGGGAUGGCCACCUGUCAUCCACACGCCACAUGCAGGAACACGCUAGACUCCUACGAAUGUCAUUGUGAGCGUGGGUAUACAGGGGAUGGAGUAACGCACUGCAACCAAACAUGUUAUAAUGAAUGCUCUCAUGGAACCUGCAGUGGGCCUCCGUCAUAUAACUGUGUGUGUGACCUUGGCUGGACAUCUGACCUUGUUGCUGUAAAUGAGAGUGGUGUUGAAUGUAGUGUGGAUUGUGGGUGCAACUUUCAUAGUACAUGUACAAGAGAACCUGGCAUCUGUGACUCCUGCCAAGACUGGACACAAGGUGCACAGUGCCAAGAUUGCCAGCCAGGCAGUUUUGGUAAUGCCACUCAGAAACCUGGAUGUCAGGAGUGUGCUUGUAACAAACACGGCACAGCUGAUUUGGGAUACUGUGAUCGAGACACAGGCGUGUGCUUUUGCAGUGAUAACACCCAGGGAGAUCAUUGUGACAAGUGUGCAACUGGAUUCUAUGGGGACCCCAGGGAUGGUGGAACCUGCUAUUUGGAAUGCCAGGGCCGACAGUUCCUUUCCAGUGUCACAUCAUCUGCUCUGGGCUCCCCAGGGGGCUCCUACUGUCUGUGGGUUUUGAGUGUCACUUCUACAACCAACAGCUGCUACCCUGAGGACACCUGUCCAAGACUUACCCUCACUCUACAGCCGGAUAUCAACAUUCCCUGCACACACAGUUAUGUAUAUUUGUUUGAUGGACUCCCUGGAUUCUUGGACACUGGAAAUUUGCAGUCAGAUCGCAGCUUGAUAGGAGCUUUUUGUGGUCGGGGAGGGUCACCACUCACUGUAGAAGCAACUACAGGUGUACUUGUGGUCUAUUAUGAAGCCAACAACACUGAAUCAUCAGGGUUUAAUGCAACCUAUGCUGCUUACCAUUGUGAUCCUGCCUGUGGCCCCCACCAUGUCUGUAAUGGGCAAAGCUGUGUCUGCAGGAACCCCCUGACUGGUCCCGAGUGUGAGCGCAUAGUGUGUCCCAGAAACUGCUCUUCAGAAGACGGAAGAGGAGUCUGCAACAAGUCUCUUGGCUUCUGUCAGUGCACUCUUGGUUAUGCAGGGGAUGAUUGCUCAGUCUUUCUGGAUUCUGGCAAGAUUGUUUGGGAGACUUUAAUGGACCCUCAAUUAACAGCGGACACAGCCAGUCGUUUCCUUCACAGGCUGGGCCACACCAUGGUGGAAGGUCCAGAUAACACACUUUGGAUGUUCGGUGGCAUGUCUUUAAGAGAUGGAGUACUGGGAAGUGUGUACAGAUAUUCUAUCUCAGAGAGGCGCUGGACACAAAUGCUGGCUGGCACAGAGGGUGGUGGUCCAGGCCCAAGCUCACGUUAUUUCCAUGCAGCAGCAUACAGUGCAGUACGUAAUGCUAUGUAUGUGCUGGGAGGUCUCACAAACACUGGAGCAUCAAAUGACUUCUGGAUCUUGAACUUGACUACCCUGCAGUGGAGACAAGAGUCUGCUCCCCUUAUACCUGCUGUGGCUGGGCACACACUGACUCCUCGCCGAGGUUCCUCAAUACUUCUGAUUGGUGGUUAUUCUCCUGAGAAUGGGCUCAAUAAUCGUUUGCUGGAGUACAGUGUAGAGUUAGAAACAUGGAAGGUUGGGCACCAAACUGGGACUCCUCCUACAGGACUGUAUGGACAUUCAACUGUAUACCAUGCAGCUACUGAUGCAUUCUAUGUAUUUGGAGGACAUCGCUUUCAUGUGGAGGUUGUUGCAUCAUCUCCUGAGCUGUACAGCUUGUAUUACCCCAACCUAACCUGGAGCUUGCUAGCUCCUUCCCAAGGAAGAAAGCCUUUGUCCCACUUUUUCCACGUUGCUGCUGUUCUGAGGGACACGAUGAUUGUGGUUGGGGGCAGAACUGAACAACAAGAAUACAGUAAUGAGGUUUUGUUUUAUCAGAUCCAUUGUAAUUCCUGGAUCACUCCAAACCAAACCGAAGUGGUCCUGGGAAUCCCAAUGAAUGAGUCCGUUGGACAUGCUGUUGCUGUGGUAGCUGGCCGGCUCUAUAUCUCAGGCGGUUUUAAUGGGGUUGCACUGGGCCGCAUGGUUACCCUCUCAGUACCCUCAGACCCAUGUCUGCUGUUUACUUCUCACUCUGCCUGCAACAAGAGUAUGGGAAGCUGCGGCUGGUGUCAGCAUUUGUGUGUAUCUGCAGAUAUUGCUGAAAGGCGUGGUUGCACAUUGCCUGCUACGGGAUGCUUCCCAUUGGCACGGACAGCAGAUGAGUGCAGGAAACUGAAAACCUGCAGUGAAUGCCUGGCCCAGCACCCACGCUCAAUAAGUGCCCAGCUAACCAUGAGGCCUCCAAGCUGUAAGUGGUGCACCAAUUGCCCAGAAGGGGCCUGCAUUGGUAGCGAUGGAAGCUGCACCUCUGAGAAUGACUGUAAAAUAAACCAGAGAGAGAUUUUCCUGGCAAGUAACUGCUCUGAGAUCUCUUGUGAGGCAUCCGACUGCCACAAGUGCACUGCAUCUGGGAAGUGUAUGUGGACUCGGCAAUUUAAACGCACAGGUGAAACACGUCGUAUCCUCAGUGUGCUACCUACAUAUGAUUGGACAUGCUUCAGCCACUCUCUUCUCAACGUUUCCCCAAUGCAAGUUCAGUCGUCCCCUCCAGACCCGUGUCCUACACCAUGUCACAACUAUAGUGCAUGCCACAAAUGUCUAAAUUCCAAAGGUGCUGAUGGAGGUUGGCAGCAGUGUGUUUGGAGUGUGGCGCUAAAGCAGUGUAUGAGCCCCACUUUCCUGCCUAUGCGCUGUGCUGCGGGUGCUUGUGGUAGAGUUCUGAGUGGCACUGAGAGCUGUUCUCCAUCAUGCUCAAACCAUACUCACUGCUCAGCCUGCAUUCAGCAUCCCCGCUGUGGAUGGUGUGCUCGGCGAGGGGGCAAUGGGGAAGGUCAGUGUCUGGAAGGAGGACUCAGCGGACCCAUUCAGGGUAGGAGCACAAUUAUUGGACCUUUCCAAUCGCUAGGUAUUGGCGCACAGUGCAACAGUGUUGAAUCGCAUUGGGCAUACAUGUCCUGCCCCCCAGAGAAUGAAUGUUUAAAUGAGCAUCACGACUGCAAUGAGACACAGAACUGCAGCGACUUGCCAAACGGAUACCAAUGCACCUGCAAAAAAGGAUAUACUCUGCACAAUGUGACAGGAUUGUGUCGCCCUGUAUGUGAUCAUGGUUGUGUUAAUGGGACCUGUGUGGAGCCCAAUCAGUGUCACUGUGACUUUGGCUACGUUGGUGAAAACUGCUCGGUGGCUUGUCGAUGCAACAAGCACAGUGACUGUGUAGGACUAGGAGCGGAAGACACGUGUGUACAGUGUCACAACAAUACCAUGGGUACACAUUGUGAAAAGUGCAAGCCCUUGUUUGUCGGCUCAGCUCUGAAUGGGGGAGCAUGCCGACCGUGUUUGGAUUUCUGCCGUGGGAACAGUGAAAUCUGUAUGAGACGAGAGGAAUAUGAGAAGGCCCUGAGAGAGCCAGAGAGAUUCCCAUUGGAUCAGAUAUCAAGUUGGAUUUCUCAAGGUCCAUCAGAGGACUCUGCCGUGUGUGUGCACUGCCAGAAUAACAGCUGUGGGGAUAAAUGUGAUAAAUGUCUACCAGGAUACUUUCAGCUAGAGAAAAAAUGUGUAAAAUGUCAGUGUAAUGGACAUGCGGAUACAUGUAAUGAGCAGGAUGGAACAAACUGUCCUUGUAGCAACAAUACAGAGACUGGCAAUUGUCAGAACAGUCCCCAAAGUGACAAGAGAGACUGCUACCGAUACCAGUGUGCAAAGUGUAAAGAUUCUUUCCAUGGUAACCCAGUGAAUGGUCGACAGUGCUAUCGUCUGAUGACUGUGGAGCAGGAAUACUGUUUUGACCCAACCUCCCAGAGUAACUGUUUUCACGAGCCAAACAUCCAGAACCUACCAUAUGGACGGAGCGUAUUUUUUGGGGUUCAGCCUAAAUUCACCAAUGUGGACAUUAGAGUCACUCUUGAUGUGACUUUUGGCUGUGUGGAUGUCUUUGUCUCCACGUCAUAUGAGACUUUUUCUGUAGAUGUGGAUUCAGGUACAGGAAUCCAUGCUGUCCGUUUGCAUCAUAGUCAAACUGACAUUGAUGGACAUGGAGGUCCUGAGCCACUUACUGCCUCGGCUAAUGGAAGCUUAAAUCGUGCUGCUAUUAAGGCUCAGUGGCUUCGUGAGGAGCGUCCUCGUGGGCUGAUUACAUAUAUCACUGUUAGCCAUCAACAGACUGUGCUGAUUGUGCGAGGAGUCAGGGAUCGAGUAGUAAUAACAUAUCCACAUGAACUACAUACACUAAAAUCCAGCCGCUUUUAUUUGCUACUUCUUGGAAACUCCACUAAUGGAUCAGGAGAGUCCCAAGGAUUGCUUUUCUUCAGACAGGACCAGGCUCAUAUUGAUCUUUUUGUCUUCUUCUCAGUCUUCUUCAGCUGUUUCUUCCUCUUCUUGUCUGCAUGUGUACUGCUUUGGAAGGUCAAGCAAUGGCUGGAUGUGCGCAGGGAGCAAAGGCGUCACCUGCAAGAGAUGAGCAAGAUGGCUAGUCGUCCUUUUGCCAAACUGACUGUCUACUUCCAACCUGAAGUGGAGCUGGUGGGUGGUUGUCAUCAAGGAGGACCAGUUUUGCCUUUGCUUCCACACCACCACCACCAUCACCACCAUCAUCACCACCACCAUCGCUCAAAGUCAAGAAUGAAAUCAUAUGACCCCUCUGCUCCUCAGCCUCCAUCAUUACGACACUCUGAUCCCUUCUUAUCCCAAUUAUUAGGUUAUACAUAUUCCAGCUUCAGAGUGGGACCAAUCACACUUGAACCAACAGAUGAUGGCAUGGCUGGGGUAGUUACCCUACUUUUACAGCUGCCUGGAGGAUCCCAAGCCCCAAAUAGAGCAUGCUUGGGUUCAGCACUGGUUACAUUAAGGCACAAUUUGCAGGAGUACUGUGGUCCUAGCCAUGUUGUCAGUAACUCUAGGAAAGGACUGCUCAGUCACGAAAACCUAACCAGCAUGUCUCUCUAACAAACUAACCCUUAAUAUGGGAUGAACUAAAUGUCUGUACAGAUUUUGAAGAAUGACUGAUAUAUUGCAUGAGUGAGAAGUAAACACUAGGGGGCAAUAUUUAAGAGGUCAUGAAGACGGUACAAGAAUACUGUAAUAAAUGUUAGCCCCAUUUUUUUGUGAUGGGGUAGCUAAGAUAGACUGAUGGGUAUGGGUAUUUAUGAUGGCAUAGUGCAAUGCAAGAAUAUUUUUUACUUUUUCGGAGGGGGGAGGGUUGGGGUGUAUUUUAAAGAAACAAUAUCAUGGUCAAAGUAUAAAGCUUUAUCUUGCAGAAGUACUGACACUGAGCUGCGUGUAGGCACAUGUUAAAACUUUUUUAUUCAGAAUGAAAUCACUACUAUGUAUCCUUAUGCUGAAUAAUACAAGUAGCUACACCAGAUCUGCAUUAUGCUUUGGAAUCUUA